AUGUCAAAGGUGCAUGCAGAUAAUCAGUCAUGUGGGGGAUCUUUAAUAAUCAGUGGUGAAAGUGUUUAAUGUGAAAACCACAAAGUGUUUAACCAGUGGGUGGAGCUUGCUCCAGCAUUUAAUUCCUGCUCUUUUCUGAUUGGCUGAUCCUUCAGUCCAUCCACAGGGUUUAUAGCCAGUGGGCUGAUUUAAGUAGAUUAGGAUGUAGAGGGAGUGUGUGCUGGUAUCACACUAUGGUCAACACAGCGAUGGCUUCUCCGUGGAAACGCUUCUGCAUCCUCCUCCUCCAUCUGCAGUCGUGUGUCUGCCUCCACCGACAGCCUGCUGACAGCCCUGACUCAGUAGCCAAUGAUGAAGAAAGCAAUGAGAGGAUGAGCAAGGGCGGACAUUUUGUACUUGCAGAGGAGCUGCAGUCUCCAAACCCAUCUCAGAGGAAGUUACUUCAGACGACAGGACUGGCUGUUCCCUUCCCUCCUCUUAAGGUGUUGUCCAACGGGGAGCCGUGCGUUCUGCUGCAGGCCAGGAAAUUCUCUCUGCGUUAUGAGAAGCAGAAACAACUGGACCUGACCGAGCGGACCUUCUCUCCUCAGAAACAGGUCGACAUCAGCCAGUCCGUGUGCCUCCAGGACAAAGCCACGCUGGUCAUGAGAUUUGGAGACGUGGAAGAUUUGAGAGGCCUGGUCAUAAGACUGGAGUUAUCCAACACUUUCUACGAGUCUUCGGGUCAGUGGUGGUUCUCGGUGGACAGCGUUUCUCUGCUCUACAACACUUCUGAAGAGGCUGUGUUCAACGCCAGCGACGUCUAUGCCCCAGCCUCGUCCUCCUACCGCUGCCUGCACGUCAGCAGCCUGCAGCGCUACAGCGGCCUGCUGCUGCCCAGCUCCGACAACGCACGCCGCUGGUCCAUCACCUUUGUCGACUUCCAGAUCCAGGCCUUCAACGUGACCUCUGGUAAAUUUUCCCCGUCGAGCGACUGCACCACCAUCCUGACGCCGGCCAUCCUGAUGGGCCUCAUCACAUCCCUCAUCCUGCUGCUGGUCCUGGCCUACGCCCUGCACAUGGUGGUCCACCUGAAACACAUCGAGCACGACGACGACCACAAAGCCGACAUGUAUUUCCCUCAAAGCAUCGAAGAGCUGGAACACUGCUGUGAUGAGGACAUCCCCGAGAAGAACGUCAUUUAGAACAGACAACUGUCGAUUACACUUUCAGCUUAAUUUUUUUCUAAACAAUCAUUCAUUCCGUUUUUUUUAUUUCAUUUGCUUACUAGUGAACUUAUGCAUUUGUCUUUAUAACGCAUUUAAUAAAAUACAAAUGUUAAAAAGCUUUUGUCAUGAUGUUCUCAUUUGCUGUUUGUCUUAUUUAUGGUUACAAUUAAUAUUCUCAGUUAAUUGACUACCUAUUGUAAUCGUGACAAAAGUUACCAUAAAAAAAUGCUUAUGGCCUUUUGUUAUUUCAAUUUAUGUUUUCUGGGAUAAAAUGUUUACGAUUCAAAACAUGCCUGAACAUACUGAUUGUAAUGCAGGAUGGAAGACUUUUUACCCUUGCUGAAGGGUAACUGUGUCAAGAAGGACAUCCAUUAAUUCAUCCAUUUACUAGACCCCUUUAUUCAAUUCAAGGUUAGAGGUCCUAAAGAGAAUAAGAAACAAAAACAAUAGUAAAAAGAAUAUGUAGAGACAUAAAUUGAAAUGUGCAAACGUUUUGCAUGAUGUUCACCUUAAAGUCAUUAAAAAGUAUCUUCUGUAACAAUGUCAAAAAGUGAACUGCUGAAUAAAAUCUAAUGUGAAGGAA